GUCAGAUCCCGUCUCGUGCUUUCUCGCGGUGUUUGUCAGUGUGUUCCGCUCUGUGCAACGCUACAGUGAGCUGUGUUCAUUCCCGUGUUGUCGGCUGAAGCAGAACGGACGUCUCGUCUCUCUCAGCCUCAGUGAAACCUGCUGCUGGUUUCUGACCCGCAUUCAUCUGUGUGUAGACGUGUCGCGGUUUGAGAAGCCACACUGAUAAACCGGGAAGGUUGGAAGGAGGACACACACUCGAGCAUUCGUCCAGAUGGACUAACAGAGAAGCCUGAAGCACGGGGCACAAGAGAUGAGGGCUCACACACACGUUCUCUUGUGAAUGGAGCAGGGUGAGGAGUGAGAAUGCGAUUUCUGGCCUCCCGGGUCCACUACAAGACCCUGAUAGUGAUCUGUGCCCUUCUCACUCUCACCACCGUGGUGCUGUGGAACAGGUGCACCAAUGAGAAGGUGCUACAUUCCCUGCCCCGGGCCCCUUUAGCCCCGCCCAGUCCCGGAGCGGCCGGACUUCAGCAGCAGGCCCAGCCCCCCGAGGCCCCUCCAGUGGUCGGUGGUGGAGUCCGAUAUGAGGAGAUCGACUGCCUCAUCAACGAUGACGUCACUAUUAAAGGGAGACGUGAGGGCACGGAGGUCUACAUGCCCUUCAGCUGGAUGGAGAAAUACUUUGAGGUGUACGGCAAAGUGGUCCAGUAUGAUGGCUAUGACCGCUUCGAGUUCUCACACAGUUAUUCCAAAGUGUACACUCAGAGGGAGCCUUACCGCCCCAACGGGGUCUUCAUGUCCUUCGAAGGGUACAACGUGGAGGUCCGUGACCGAGUGAAGUGCAUCAGUGGUAUAGAAGGAGUCCCUCUGUCAACACAAUGGGGUCCUCAGGGUUAUUUCUAUGCCAUCCAGAUAGCGCAGUAUGGUCUGAGUCACUUCAGUAAGAACCUGACGGAGCGAGCACCCCAUGUGGAGGUGUAUGACACGGCUGAGGAGCACAACAGCAAGCCAAACACAUGGAGCAUUCCCAAGGGCUGCACUCUGACCACAAGCUACGACAAGACCCGAGCCUCCACCGUCCGUCUGUUUAAUGCUCCAGAGAACUCUGAGGGCAUCUCUCUUUCUCUUGGCAACACAAAGGAUUUCAUCAUCUCCUUUGACCUGAAAUUUGCCUCCAAUGGCAGCGUGUCUGUCGUACUGGAAACGACGGAGAAGGGGCCUCCAUUUGUUAUCCACUACGUCACUACCAGUCAGCUCAUUACUUUUAAAGACCGCUCCAUCACCUAUGGCAUCGGGCCACGUUCAGCCUGGACCACAGUGACCCGAGACCUCCUCACUGAUCUGCGCAAGGGCAUUGGCCUGUCCAACACCAAGGCCGUCAAAACCACAAAAACCAUGCCACGGCGCGUGGUCAAAAUGGUUUUGCAUGGUCGAGGUGCCAUUGACAACGUGGCCAUCUCCACUACAGCGCACAUGGCUGCCUUCUUUGCUGCCAGUGAUUGGUUACUGAAGAACCAGGAUGAACGUGGUGGCUGGCCAAUAAUGGUCACCCGCAAACUGGGUGAGGGUUUCCGACCCUUGGAGCCUGGCUGGUACUCAGCAAUGGCACAAGGCCAGGCUAUGUCUACCCUGGUAAGGGCCUAUCUACUCACCAAGGACGAGACAUACCUGAAAGCAGCACUACGUGCCACGGGUCCUUAUAAGGUACCAUCUGAGAAGCAUGGUGUGAAAGCCGUCUUUAUGAACAAGUACGAAUGGUACGAAGAGUAUCCAACCACACCAAGUUCGUUCGUCCUCAAUGGCUUUAUCUACUCUCUAAUUGGGCUCUAUGACCUGGCGCAGACAGCAAGUGAAGGGGACGGACGCGAGGCAGCACGACUAUACGCCAAGGGCAUGGAAUCGCUCAAGGCCAUGGUGCCACUUUACGACACUGGUUCGGGCACCAUUUAUGAUCUACGUCAUUUCAUGCUAGGCACGGCACCCAACCUGGCACGAUGGGACUACCACACUACGCACAUCAAUCAGUUGCAGCUCUUGGCUUCCAUAGAUGACUCGCCGAUCUUCAGGGACUUCUCCAAGCGCUGGAAAAGCUACAUGAAAGGAGGACGAGCCAAGCACAACUAGAGCUGCAGGCAAUGGUGGACAAAUACCCGCCAGCACUCAGCAUAAAACGCCUCAAUCCCUGAGGGGAAGCUGAGUUAGCCCAUGGAGUAAGAACUGAGGGUGAAGCCCAGAGUGGUCUAGCUAAAUCCUGCUGCAGUUUCCAGCCAUUAGACAUGGCUAACCUCUGGGGUUUUUUGGGCUUGAAACUAAUCUGUGCUGGAGGCUCUAAUUAAGUACAAAUGCAAUGUUUAUGGCAAAAGUGUUUAUGGUUUAAUUAGGGGUGGGGAUUUGCUUGACCUAAAUCUGCCAGUGAGGUAUCCAGCACGAUUAGAUAGGUUUGCACACACUUAGGCGUGGGUAUAUCACAGUGAUUAUCACAACCUUCUUCCAAAAUUCUCUCUUGGUAUUUGUGUAGAUGUCAAUCAAAAUCAUAAUAAUAACUAUUAUUAUUAUUAUUAUUAUUAUUAUUAUUAUUGGGAAAAUACAACCUCCAUGCCUCAGUAUAAGUGAUUAAGUAAAGUCUUUUGGUCAAAAGGAAAGGUAACCUGGGAAAUGCUUCCAAUUUUUGUUGUCUCUGCAGUUUGAGGUAAACUCUGAUGGAAACACAUUUCUUAGCUCAGUACAAACCUCAGGCCCCACAAUUAAAUUAGUGUCUUUCCUACCCUGCCUGAGUGCUCCACUACACUUUGUAUGUUUGGUAAAGUUGGGGGUAAAACUUGCCACUACUUGCUGCCAGCACUGGUGUUUUAUGUUCUCAAAGAAGGUCAUGGGUUGGGCCAAAUUAUAUAUAUUCACAAUGAAAUGCGCUUUUGAAACCUUGGUGUAUUUAAAAUGGUUGCGCUUUUUCAAAUAAUAUAAAGAUACUACAACUCCUAGGUUGAUCCUAGAGCCUGGCCAAGCGAGUCUCAGUGAGUCUUAGUCAGCCUACUCGUUGUGAAUUAUUAUUAUAGAUAGGCUGACCAGUCACCAGUCAUAUGAUAAAGUAUUGAUUAAAUAAAGCCUGACUAAAUAAAUAACAUUUCUCAGAAAAACAAACAACUGUUGAGUUACAGGAAUCAAGGAAAGUCUGUGGCACACUAUAUGGCCAAAAAUAUGUGGACACCUGACCAUGCACAUGCAUAUGAACAUCCUAUUAUAGAUUUGGUCCCCCUUUUCCUCUUAUAAUAAACUCCACUUUUCUGGGAAGGAUUUCC